AUGAGGGCCAUAUUCACCACGUUUGCUGGAGUUGCCAGCCAUGUGUCGCCGCAGCGCGGUCAGCAGCCAGGAGGCAAAGUCAUCGUACAUGUUACCGACCUAUCGGAUGCGGGACGAACGACACGGCCAGGGCCAUGGAGAAAUAGUGCGCUUGUAUGUACAUGUUGA